AUGAAUGGGCACAGUGAUGAAGAAAGUGUAAGAAACAGUAGUGGAGAAUCAAGCCGAUCAGAUGACGAUUCCAGGUCACCAUCAGGUUCUGGAUCUGGUUCAAGCUCUGGAAGCAGUAGUGACGGAAGCAGCAGCCAGUCAGGCAGCAGUGACUCUGACUCUGGUUCAGAGUCAGGCUCUCAGUCAGAAUCAGAGUCUGACACAUCUAGAGAGAAGAAGCAAAUUCAAGCUAAACCACCAAAAGUUGAUGGAUCUGAGAAGCACGUGCUAAUUUACUGGAACUUACAGAAGACAAAGUUUUGGAAGUCUAGUCCAAGUAUACUUGCUGUGCAAAGAUCAGCAGUGCUCAAGAAGCAACAGCAACAACAAAAGGCAGCUUCAUCAGACAGUGGUUCAGAAGAGGACUCAUCAAGUAGUGAAGAUUCUGCAGAUGACUCAUCCAGUGAAACCAAGAAGAAAAAACAUAAAGAUGAAGACUGGCAAAUGUCGGGAUCAGGGUCAGUAUCAGGAACUGGUUCCGAUUCUGAAUCAGAGGAAGAUAGGGAGAAAAGCAGUUGUGAAGAGAGUGAAUCUGACUACGAGCCAAAAAAUAAGGUCAAAAGCCGGAAACCUCCAAGCAGAAUUAAGCCAAAAAGUGGGAAAAAGAGCGCAGGACCGAAAAAGAGGCAACUUGAUUCUUCAGAGGAUGAGGAGGAGGAAGAGGAUGAUGAUGAUGAUUAUGAUAAAAGAGGAUCUCGUCGCCAGGCAACAGUCAACAUUAGUUACAAAGAAGCUGAAGAAACCAAGACAGAUUCUGAUGAUUUGCUGGAAGUUUGUGGAGAAGAUGUCCCACAAACUGAAGAAGAUGAAUUUGAAACUAUAGAGAAGUUCAUGGAUAGUCGAGUUGGCAGAAAAGGAGCCACAGGUGCUGCAACCACCAUCUAUGCAGUUGAGGCAGAUGGUGACCCAAAUGCUGGGUUUGAAAAGUCGAAGGAGCCAGGAGAAAUACAGUAUCUUAUUAAAUGGAAAGGUUGGUCACACAUCCAUAACACUUGGGAAACUGAGGAAACACUGAAGCAACAAAAUGUUAAAGGAAUGAAGAAGCUGGACAACUAUAAGAAAAAGGAUCAGGAAACAAAACGAUGGCUGAAAAAUGCUUCUCCAGAAGAUGUGGAAUAUUACAACUGCCAGCAGGAGCUUACAGAUGAUCUACAUAAACAAUACCAGAUAGUGGAAAGAAUAAUUGCUCAUUCAAAUCAGAAAUCAGCAGCUGGUUAUCCAGACUACUAUUGCAAAUGGCAGGGUCUGCCUUAUUCAGAAUGUAGCUGGGAAGAUGGUGCUCUCAUUGCCAAAAAGUUUCAGACACGCAUUGAUGAGUACUUCAGCAGAAAUCAAUCCAAGACCACUCCCUUUAAGGACUGCAAGGUUCUAAAACAGAGGCCAAGGUUUGUUGCACUAAAGAAGCAGCCAUCUUAUAUUGGCGGACAUGAAAGUUUAGAGUUAAGAGAUUAUCAGUUAAAUGGAUUGAAUUGGCUUGCUCACUCAUGGUGCAAAGGGAAUAGCUGUAUUCUUGCAGAUGAAAUGGGUCUGGGUAAAACAAUACAAACAAUUUCUUUUCUGAACUACCUGUUUCACGAACAUCAAUUGUAUGGGCCUUUCUUGCUGGUCGUGCCACUUUCUACCUUGACAUCUUGGCAAAGAGAGAUUCAAACUUGGGCUCCUCAGAUGAAUGCUGUAGUUUACUUAGGAGAUAUAACUAGCAGAAAUAUGUUCACUUGAUUCUUUUUGUUGAUUAGAACUCAUGAAUGGAUGCAUCCACAGACCAAACGAUUAAAAUUCAACAUACUUCUAACAACAUAUGAAAUUUUGCUGAAGGAUAAGUCAUUCCUUGGUGGUCUGAAUUGGGCGUUCAUAGGAGUUGACGAAGCUCAUCGUUUAAAAAAUGAUGAUUCCCUUUUGUACAAGACUUUAAUAGACUUUAAGUCUAAUCAUCGUCUUCUUAUUACUGGAACCCCUCUGCAAAACUCCCUCAAAGAGCUUUGGUCUUUGUUGCACUUCAUCAUGCCAGAAAAGUUUUCCUCCUGGGAAGAUUUUGAAGAGGAGCAUGGCAAAGGGAGAGAGUAUGGUUAUGCAAGUCUUCACAAAGAACUUGAACCAUUUUUGCUGAGAAGAGUAAAAAAAGAUGUAGAAAAGUCUUUACCUGCUAAAGUUGAGCAAAUUCUGAGGAUGGAAAUGAGUGCAUUGCAGAAGCAAUAUUACAAGUGGAUUUUAACCAGGAAUUAUAAAGCCCUCAGUAAAGGUUCAAAAGGCAGUACCUCAGGCUUUUUGAACAUCAUGAUGGAACUCAAGAAGUGUUGUAACCAUUGCUACCUCAUUAAACCACCAGAUGAUAAUGAAUUCUAUAAUAAACAGGAGGCCUUACAGCAUUUAAUACGUAGCAGCGGGAAACUAAUCCUUCUUGACAAGCUGUUGAUUCGUCUGCGAGAACGUGGCAACAGAGUUCUGAUUUUCUCACAGAUGGUGAGGAUGCUGGACAUCCUAGCAGAAUAUCUGAAGUAUCGUCAGUUUCCCUUUCAGAGACUUGAUGGAUCAAUAAAAGGGGAAUUGAGGAAACAAGCACUGGAUCAUUUUAAUGCAGAAGGAUCCGAGGUUAAUAUUUAUCGGCUAGUCACAAAAGGAUCAGUAGAAGAAGAUAUUCUUGAAAGAGCCAAGAAAAAGAUGGUGUUAGAUCAUUUAGUAAUUCAGAGAAUGGACACUACCGGGAAAACUGUACUACAUACAGGCUCUACUCCUUCAAGCUCAACACCUUUUAAUAAGGAGGAGUUAUCAGCGAUUUUGAAGUUUGGUGCUGAGGAACUUUUUAAAGAACCUGAAGGGGAAGAACAGGAGCCCCAGGAAAUGGAUAUAGAUGAAAUCUUGAAGAGGGCUGAAACUCGGGAAAAUGAGCCAGGUCCAUUAACUGUAGGAGAUGAGUUGCUUUCACAGUUCAAGGUGGCCAACUUUUCCAAUAUGGAUGAAGAUGAUAUUGAGCUGGAACCAGAAAGAAAUUCAAGAAAUUGGGAAGAAAUCAUUCCAGAAGUCCAGCGGCGAAGAAUAGAAGAGGAGGAAAGACAAAAAGAACUUGAAGAAAUAUACAUGCUCCCAAGGAUGAGGAACUGUGCAAAACAGAUCAGCUUUAAUGGAAGUGAAGGGAGGCGCAGUAGGAGCAGAAGAUACUCUGGAUCUGAUAGUGACUCCAUCUCAGAAAGAAAACGGCCAAAAAAACGUGGAAGACCACGCACUAUUCCUCGAGAAAAUAUUAAAGGAUUUAGUGAUGCAGAGAUCAGGCGGUUUAUCAAGAGUUACAAGAAAUUUGGUGGCCCUCUUGAAAGGUUAGAUGCUGUAGCUAGAGAUGCUGAGCUAGUUGAUAAAUCAGAGACAGAUCUUAGACGUUUGGGAGAGCUUGUACAUAAUGGAUGCAUUAAAGCUUUAAAGGACAAUUCAUCUGGACAAGAAAGAGCAGGUGGUAGACUUGGGAAAGUUAAAGGCCCAACAUUCCGAAUAUCAGGAGUGCAGGUGAAUGCAAAGCUAGUCAUCUCUCAUGAAGAAGAGUUGGCACCAUUGCACAAAUCCAUUCCUUCAGAUCCAGAAGAAAGAAAAAGAUAUGUCAUCCCAUGCCACACCAAAGCUGCUCAUUUCGAUAUAGAUUGGGGUAAGGAAGAUGAUUCCAAUCUGUUAAUAGGCAUCUAUGAAUAUGGUUAUGGCAGCUGGGAAAUGAUAAAAAUGGAUCCUGAUCUUAGUUUGACACAGAAGAUUUUGCCUGAUGAUCCAGAUAAGAAACCCCAGGCAAAACAGUUACAGACCCGUGCAGACUACCUCAUUAAAUUACUGAAUAAAGACCUUGCAAGGAAGGAAGCACAAAGGCUUGCUGGUGCCGGCAAUUCAAAGAGGAGGAAAACAAGAACUAAGAAGAAUAAGGUGAUAAAGGCUGCAAAAAUAAAAGAAGAAAUAAAAAGUGAUUCUUCGCCACAACUCUCAGAAAAAUCUGAUGAAGAUGAUGAUGAGGAUGACAAGGAUGAGAUUGUUUCAGUGAAACAUCCACAUAAAAAAAUUAAAGCAGAAAAAGAAAAUGAAGAAAAGCCUGAGCCAGAUAUUGGUAUAAAGAAGGAAGCUGAAGAAAAAAGAGAGACAAAAGAAAAGGAAAAUAAGAGGGAUUUGAAAAGGGAGAAAAAAGAAAAAGAGGAUAUAAGAAAGAUAAAAGAAAAAGAUAUUAAAGAAAAGAGAGAAAACAAAGUAAAAGAAUCCACACAGAAAGAAAAAGAAGUGAAGGAAGAGAAGGUAAAUGAAAUCAAAUCUGAAAAUAAAGAAAAAACUAAAAAAAUUCCAUUGUUGGAUACUCCAGUUCAUAUUACUGCAAGUAGUGAACCAGUUCCUAUAUCAGAAGAAUCUGAAGAACUGGAUCAGAAAACUUUUAGUGUGUGCAAAGAAAGAAUGAGGCCUGUCAAAGCAGCAUUGAAACAGCUGGAUCGACCAGAGAAGGGCCUUUCUGAAAGAGAGCAGCUGGAACACACCAGACAGUGUCUAAUCAAAAUUGGGGAUCACAUUACUGAAUGUCUAAAGGAGUACACAAAUCCUGAACAAAUUAAACAGUGGAGAAAAAAUUUGUGGAUUUUUGUCUCUAAGUUUACAGAAUUUGAUGCCAGAAAGCUGCACAAACUGUAUAAACAUGCAAUCAAAAAACGCCAAGAGUCUCAGCAACACAAUGACCAGAAUAUUAGCAGCAAUGUGAAUACACAUGUAAUUAGAAAUCCAGAUGUGGAAAGACUAAAGGAGAAUACAAACCAUGAUGACAGUAGCAGGGACAGUUAUUCUUCUGAUAGACAUUCUUCACAAUACCACGAUCAUCAUAAAGACAGGCAUCAGGGAGAUGCUUACAAGAAAAAUGACUCUAGGAAAAGGCCCUAUUCAGCCUUCAGCAAUGGAAAAGAUCACAGAGACUGGGAUCACUACAAACAAGACAGCAGAUACUACAGUGAUAGUAAACAUAGAAAGCUAGAUGACUACAGGAGCAGAGACCACAGGUCAAACCUGGAAGGAAGUUUAAAAGACAGCCGGGCUCAUUCAGAUCACCGUUCCCAUUCAGACCACAGGAUACAUUCAGAUCACCGUUCCACUUCAGAGUACAGCCAUCAUAAGUCUUCUAGAGAUUAUAGGUACCACUCAGACUGGCAAAUGGACCACAGAGCUUCGGGUAGUGGCCCAAGGUCACCGUUAGAUCAGAGGUCUCCUUAUGGUUCAAGAUCUCCCCUAGGACACAGAUCUCCAUUUGAACACUCAUCAGAUCACAAAAGUACACCUGAACAUACAUGGAGUAGCCGGAAAACAUAACGAAGACUGACAUUUUUUGGACCUUCUUUUAGCCAUAUACAGUAAACUAACACAGUAAUUGCCUUACAUGACUUGAAAGAUACGGACUGGAUAUUCUAUCAGUAGCAGUAUUGUUACUUCUUUCCAGGAUGCAAGGUCUAUUAACCCAACAGAAGAAAAAUAUUUUUGUAUUUAAAGUUUAUGCUGCACUGUGCUGCAAAUGUUGCGGCACUCUUUUUUUAAGAAAUGGAAGAUGUUUACUUUUACAGGGACCUCAACACUGCCCCUUUCAGACUGGAUCUUACUAUAAAACUCUUCAUGUCAAAGUGAUUUCAGGCUGAACACAUUUUAAAUUAUGUUUGUAAAUGAACUUUUAAACACUGACCUGUGCUCAUAUUUCAGGAAGUAAUGAGGAGUUUAUUUUCUUUUGUUUCUUAGUAAAGAACUCUCAAGGACUUUGUUCACUUUCCAAAGCUACUUGUUUACAUUGUACACUGCGACCACCUUGCCGCUUUUCAUCACAAGCUUGAAUAUUUAAAUUCUGUACCUAUAACUGUAAAAUAGCCAGGAUUUCUCCUGUUUGUGAUCAGUUAUAAUGCCUUUUUACAAAACAAACAAACAAAAAAAUAAUAAUAAAAAAACCUAAACACACAAACAAAUGGCUGUAAAUUAUUGUAAAUUAAUUAAAUGAGCUUU